CAAAGCUAAGUUCCCAACUUGAAUCAAAUUGUGUCCUGUCAUUUUCAUAGUGCGGCAGAUCGGCUUUUGAUUACUUGUAAAUUUAUUAUAAGUUCUCUGUGCACAAAGCGCUGAUAGAAAUUCGAUUCAAAAUGCCUACCGGCGAAGUGAACGUAAGCAAAGUGAUUGUCCACCCGCUCGUCCUGUUGAGUGUUGUUGACCAUUUCAAUCGAAUGGGGAAAAUUGGCAACCAGAAGCGAGUGGUUGGAGUAUUAUUGGGCUGUUGGCGAUCUAAAGGUGUUUUGGAUGUUUCAAAUAGCUUUGCAGUUCCGUUUGAUGAAGACGACAAGGAGAAGUCAGUGUGGUUCCUCGAUCAUGAUUACCUCGAGAACAUGUACGGAAUGUUCAAAAAGGUUAACGCCCGCGAACGGGUAGUCGGCUGGUACCACACAGGGCCCAAACUCCACCAGAAUGACAUAGCAAUUAACGAGCUCAUCCGGCGCUACUGCCCCAACUCUGUGUUGGUCAUCAUCGAUGCGAAACCGAAAGACCUCGGCCUGCCGACCGAAGCAUAUAUUGCUGUCGAGGAGGUUCACGACGAUGGAACGCCAACCUCAAAAACUUUCGAACACGUCCCUAGCGAAAUUGGAGCCGAGGAGGCGGAGGAAGUGGGUGUUGAGCACCUUCUUCGCGAUAUCAAAGACACCACGGUUGGUAGCCUCUCCCAGAAGAUCACAAAUCAACUGCAAGGUCUCAAAGGACUGAAUGCGCAGCUCAAAGAUAUCAAGAACUACCUGCAGAAGGUGGGGAAUGGGCAGCUGCCUCUUAACCACCAGAUCGUGUACCAGUUACAAGACAUCCUGAACUUGCUCCCCGAUAUUACAGAUGAGAAUUUCACGGACACGAUGUACGUGAAAACCAACGACCAAAUGCUCGUAGUGUACCUAGCAUCGAUGGUGAGAUCCAUUAUUGCCUUGCAUAAUUUGAUCAACAACAAAUUGACAAAUCGCGACGCCGAAGAAGGCAAGAAGGAUGAGAGCAAGGACAAGAAGGAUAAGGACAACAAAGAUAUUAAGGACAAGGAAAGCAAGAAAGACGAUAAGGAAAGCAAGAAGGAAGAGAAAACGGACAAGGGGAAGGAGGACAAGACGAGUAAGAAGCAGAAGGAGUGAUAGGGGGUGCGCCAGGAUGUGGAGUGGACCAGAGUCGGGGAUCACGGUCGCCUUUUUUGAAUUGUGUAUUAAAAUUAAGAAUUUGAAAAAUUAUAAACUUAUUUAAAAUACAUUUUCCCCUUUAUCAUUU